AUGUCAACUGUUUUACCUAUUUUAAUACCAAAAAGCAAAAACAUUUUGUUACUUAAAGAUGAUAUUGGAAAACCAAAACCUAAUACAAGAAAUCUUCCAAAUGAUCAUUUUACAUAUGGAAAAUAAAUUAAACGAGAUCCUAUUUAAAUUAACUUUGCUACUUAAGAAUAUGGAAAUGAAAUCUAAUCCUCUGUGAGAAGAAAUCAUAGAGUUUAAAACUCUAAUAUAUCCUUAAUGACUCAUGGAGUCAAAAAUAAGUAUAAAAAGCUUUUAUUUAUUCUUAGACCUUAAACUCCAUUAGAUAAAGUAAUACAAUAUUAAUAUGCUUCAAAUGCAAAGGAACAAAUUGAAAAAAUAUAUUUAUAAAGAAUAAAAACAGAACCUAAAAAAUAGGAUUUUUAUAAGAACAGAUCAUUUUCUUUAAGAUAACAACAUAAUACAAAAAAAGAAGAAAAAAAAAUGUUUAAGCUCUAGUAGUUUCAAGAUAUCAAAGCUAAAAUAUUUUAAUGA